AUGCCCUCUUCAACUCCAGUAGCCAAAAAAGCCCGGUUCUUGAAGCCCGAGCCAAUCGUAGAGCUUCUUAUCUCCAAAGAGCUUCUCCGAGGUUUCAACGGAAAGUGCAAAAUGUUAAACAGGCUCAUGGAUUAUCCGAAUGCUCAAAUUCCAGCCAACAAGAGGAGGAUGAUCAUCCUCCGUGGCUUUUUCGACGCAUGGAUCGAUGCUUCAGAUUUACUUGCUACUGACGAGAACAUUAAGUUUUUCAAAAAAUGUAUGAUCCAAAUGCAGGAGUACGAAGAAUUUAUCAUAAGAGCAGUCGUGCAAGGGGAGGAUUUCCGAGAUGUGCUCGCAUCAAUCAAGGAGAGAAAAUCCAAUCGAUCUCCUUAA